CUUUGAUCACAGAUGCAGGCAGGUUAACCAUGCAGUCUGUCUCAUACCUAGUUCAAUAUGUUACUCCAUCCUGUAAGGUCUAGAUGGUGUAUGGGAAAAGAUAACAUAUUAUUACACAUUCAUGGAGUCUCGGGGUGAGAGAGAAAGCUUGUCCAACAGAAGCACUGGCAGGAGACUUUCAGUGACAAAGAAAAACUCGCAGAGGGCAAUUAAAGAGAAAUCAAACAAUAGGAGCUGGGCCGCGUCUAUAACUUCAUUUUUCAGAAAUACACCGCCAUGUAAACUGGCCUGCCCUCUGUGUGGCAAACCUGUUCCGCGCUACAAGAUUAAUGAACAUAUAGAUUCACAGUGCCAGAAGUUUCUCCGAGACGAUAAUGAAGAUGCAUUGGCUGUCAAUGAUGACAAGCAAGAGAAAAUCACCAAAACACCCUUUGAUGUUGCGCUUACUCAAAAUGAAGGGAAAGACAAAAGUACAGAAAAGAAAGAUGCUGAAACUAGUCCUUAUUUUAAAAAGAGCUGUGUGCUGAGGCAAGAUUCAGCUGAAACAUAUGCACAAACUAAAUCAGUUAAGACAAUUGGUCUUGGAAGCUUGUCCUCAAAACUCUCAAGAAGAGCACUUCGUCUCUCAGGCGACAUUGAGAUGGAUCAAGAGGCAAAUAAUGGGGAGUUAAGCAGUUCGCAGAAAGAAAACUUUACUUUUGAAUCCAGUGCCUGUUUCGUGGAUACAGAUAACACAUUAUCAGUUGAACAAGCAGCUUCAACCCACCUUCAAGUGAAAAACAUUCUGGCAGAAUCAUCAAGCAGCAGCACUGCCAUACAGUCAGCUAAAUCUCUAUCCUUAUCCAGGGUACUGAAGAGGAAGUCAGAGGAUGUUCCUGAAAGUGACACAUACACUACAGAAACCAUACACAAGAAAUGUAGGAAUUUUCCAAAUAAAAGUGAAAGACAGACAACAAAUGAGUCCUCGUCUCAUGUCAAUAAUGUUCCAUCAUCAGAGACUCCAACCAAAAAGGAAGACAUUGAGAGGAAGUCGAGUAUCACACCAGGUGAUGAACCCGAAAUGCUUGAGACAGCCAGUGAGGGAUCAGAGUGCCAAAGCACCAGGCGACCGUAUUACCUGCAGAACUUUCUGACUGUCCUUGAGGCAGUGUUGGAGAAUGAGGAUGAUAGAACGCUCUUUAAUGAGGAUGACUUUUCAGCCAUUCGCUCUUUUCAGCAGCUUUCAGCACCUGGUCAAAUGCUUUACGUACGUCUUUUUCAAAGGAAGCUGAAAUGGCUUCAAGUCUGUAAAGUGGAAUACACUGAGAUCAGCUCUGACCUUAGACCUGUCAUUCAUGAGCUGGUUGCUUGUGGCUUCUUACAGACCGAAUCAGACCUUCAUGACACCCAGGAAGUUUUGGAUCUGCUGCCUGCUCCAGAGCUCAGAAACCUGGCCAAAACAUUUCACCUUGGGCGUGGAGGGAAUGGGACUCAGAAACAGCAGUUGGUAGAGGGGCUUCUCCAGCUGGGAAGACAGCGAUCGCUCUUUGCUGGUCAAACCAACACGGCUGCCAUCAUUCUCAAGAGGGCCAAGCAGGUUGCGGGCUCCUGUGUGCGUCUGUGCCGCAGGUCACGUGCUGUGUUUUCCCGCGUCCUGCUCCUCUUCUCCCUCACAUACACUUUGGACGAAGAGGAGAUGGCUGCUGGUCAGGGGCAGCUCUACACCAUUCUGCUGGUCAACUCUGGCCGCCUUGCUUUUCCAGACUAUACAGUGCAUCGCUCAGUGAGACUGUUUCAGGACAGGGAUGACCUCAUCAGAUAUGAGACGGCGAUGCGUACGUUGCAGGAGGUGAUCACUGCAAUGCAGACAGGCUGUUGGCAGGAUGCCCAUGACCUCUAUACUGCAGCAAAGGACACCUGGCAUGAGAUUAAACACACCUGUGACCUAAGCAAUCAAGAGGAGUUGCCUGUUUUUUUGCGUUGUUUCACUGUGGGCUGGACUUACACUCGUAUAGUGUCUCGCGGAGUUGAGAUUUUACAGCGCCUUCGCCGCUAUGAUGAUGCAGUGGAGGAGCUCAGGAAUCUUUUGUCUCAGUCAGUGUAUUGUCCAGACAGUAGGGGGCGCUGGUGGGACAGACUUGCUCUCAAUCUCCAACAACAUCUUAAACAACAUGAGCAGGCCAUCUGUGCCAUUCGGAAUGGACUCAAGGACCCUUUGGUUCGAACAGGCCACCAGUUAUCACUGUACCAGCGAGCUUCCCGAAUGAAGGAAUCUGCUAGCUUUAAGAAGUACCGUUUGCUGCUACGGGAUUUGCCCAGUGUGCACAUACAAGAUGUCACUCAUGUGACGAUUAGAGGACAGCUCUUUCCUCAUGAAGGUGGUAUGGGCAAAUCAGUGUUCCUCAGAGCAGCUGAUGAGGACGAAGGCUCCAGAGAGGGAAGAGACACUAUGGUCAUGUGUUCUGUUGAGGAUCUGGCUUUGGCACACUACAGAACGCUUGGUUUUGAUCAAGGUAUUCAUGGAGAAGGCUCUACAUUUUCCACCUUGUUUGGACUCCUCAUGUGGGACAUCAUCUUCAUGGAUGGGGUUUCUGAUGUCUUCCGAAACCCCAAUCAGACUUGUCCUUUGGAUUUGCACACUGAUUGUUUCUAUGGUAACCGGCGGGAAGCCAUUGAGGCUCGCGCUGAGAUUUUGCGGGAAGCCUCUGCAGAUACUCUGCAGGAGCUGCUCGCUGGUGUGUGGAAUGCUCAGGAGGGGAGAGUGUGUGCGCUUAUAAACUGGGAUCGCUUUUCCUCUCUUCAACAGGCGCAGAGCCUGGUGGCAUGUCUAGGUGGGCUCUUCUUGAGUGGUGUGGUCCUCAGAAUGGCAAAGGACUACAGGCACUGCAGAGGAGGGCUUCCUGAUCUGGUAGUCUGGAGCUCUUCCAACAUGAAGUACAAGCUGGUGGAAGUAAAGGGGCCUAAUGACCGUCUGUCCCAGAAGCAACAGAUCUGGUUGGAUGAGCUGCGUAAGCUCGGGGCAGAUGUAGAGGUGUGUCACGUCACUGCCAUUGGAGCGCGAGGAGCUCGGCUGGAGUGAAGCAGCUCUCACACUAAAAAUAAAGACUCUUGAGCACACACCCCAAAUGAGCAAUCUGAAUUUAGAAAUGCUUGAAGCACUGUUUUGAUGGUGGUAUUCAAAUCUCAGUUUGGCACUAGCUCUGGUGAACUAGAAAAGUUUUAGAAAGGAGUUUAAAAGACAGGACUCUUUCUCCCCAUUUGGACCCCAACUACUGCUGCUUGUUAAAUUACCUCAUGGUAUUUCCUGACUUAUUUUUAUCCUUGUGUUAAUUGAAAAGUGACAAAAUAUUUUAGUGAAUGAUGUACAAAAAAGUUCAUUUUAAAGACAUGAAAUAAAAACACAAAUCACAAGUUAUUGUUGAUAACUCUUAAGGAUCAUGCAUGUUACUGAAAAAUCACUGCAUUAGUAUUUUCACUCUGAACAAAAG